AUGACCAAGGUGCUGACCAAUGCCAUGACCAAGGUGCUGACCAAUGUGCUGACCAAGGUGCUGACCAAGGUGCUGACCAAUGUGCUGACCAAGGUGCUGACCAAGGUGCUGACCAAUGUGCUGACCAACGUGCUGACCAAUGUGGUGACCAAUGCCAUGACGAAGGUGGUGACCAAAGUGGUGACCUACCACCUGACCAAGUUGAUGUUCACGGCAGCGAUGACAUGGGCACGGCAGCGAUGA